AUGACAUCUACCCUUCCACCGAUAGAUAUAACGAGCGAAGAGUAUGGCUAUUCUGAGUAUCUUCUUCAGCUCCAGCUUAACGCUCCACAUCUCCAAAUUUCAGAGUGUUAUGAUCUCUCAACAAAGCAAAUCACAGCCGCCUUCAAGAAUUUCUGCAGUCAUCUUACACCAGUCAAUGUAGUUGAUGUUUUUGUCCCAGCAGCAUCACUUGGACAGCCAAUUACAGACAUUGCAUCACAUGGACUUCGUAUUAAUCAAAAGAACGGCUUCCGCUUCCAAGCAGGUGCUGUUCCUAUCGAUGGCUCCGAAGAAACAUACGAGCUUGUCCACAUGGUCGUUGCUCUUGGUAACGUUUAUUACAAUCAGAAGCCUGGCGCCUCAAUUACAGAGGCAGCAUUCUCCGAAGUCGAGCCAACAUCAUCCACACUUCCAAUUGGAUAUCAUUCUAUUCGCGUUUCGAACAAGAACGAGUUUGUUGUUUUCAAUCCAAGCCAAAUCAACACACUCCGCCUUAUUCGUCUGAAGGGCAAGGAAAACGUUACACACGACGCCACAGUCAAGCAUAUUUGCCACAAUUGCGGCCAGCCAAACGCCACAAUUUGGUGCGACAACGAUUCAUGCAAACUCUGCGAGAAAUGCGAUGCCUCACAGCACAAGACGAAGCUUACAUCAGGCCAUACACGCCACCCACUCGCUGAAGCCUUAAUCAACGUCCAGAGAUGUCCAGUCCAUCCAGACACAUUUAUCCAGUAUUACUGCACGAAAUGCCAUCUCCCAGUCUGCCUCCAGUGCAAGGUAAGAGGAAACCACUCCAAAGGCGAAUUCGCAAAGCAUCAUCUCAUAGAUCUCAAGGAAGCUUACGAUAACGCUGUUUCCGCUGCAAUUAAGCCAAAUCAGGCAUUCAUCACUCGCGAGAAAUUAAUCAAUCAGCAGCUAAACGCCGCCAACGAAAAACUCAAGGAAAUCCAACAAGUACAGAUCAAUGUCGAAGCCGAAAUUACACGUAUCGCUGCCAAGGCCAUUGAAGAUGCCCGCCAGCAGUCUUCUGCCCGCGCACAGCAAGUCAAGGCCAUAAGAAGCGAAUUAAUCAGGAAAUUGGCCGAUCUCCAGACACAUAAGGACUUGUUGGCCGCACAGCAGAAGAACAAUGAGCCUCUUUCUUUCGUCCAGGCAUCCCAUUUCUCAGAUCUCUUUACAGAAUCCCAUAUCAACAACGACGACCUUCCAUUAUCAGCAUCAGAGGUCGACGCCGAUCUCACAGUUUAUGGCCGCAUCGAAGUUUCUCCUCCAAGGCCAGCAGUUCAACCAAAAUCCCGCGGAAUUACUCCAUCUCAAGAUAACGACGUCAGCCAGACAACAGAGACACAGCUCGAAGCCCAGGAUCCACAUAUUACUACACUUACUCGCAUGGCCAAGCGUAAGGAAGGCAAAUACCAGGAAUCCGGCCAAUCUCUCUCUUUCCUUCCAUUCGAAGGCUCUGCUAUCAUCACAAACCCAGAGCUCCAGCGCCGUCUCUACCUCUGCUUCCCAUUCAAGGGCCAACCAGUCACUCAUCGCAUGUAUUACUCAGAAACAGACGGCAGAACAGUCACAAAGAUCCACAAACUCAUCGACAACCACGGCAUUACAUGCAUUGUUGUCAAGAGCGGCGAAAACAUCUUUGGUGGCUUCGCAGCUUCGAAAUGGAACACAGAAGGAAAGCCAUUUGGCAAGGGAUCGUCCUCAUUCCUCUUCCAGUUGAACAAGGACGCGUUCAUUCCUAACCACGGACAGACAGAAGAACCAGUUACUUUAUUCGCUACAGAAGAUACUUUGACAUUCGGUAAAUACGAUCUCGCUCUUAACGGAAACCUCGAAAAAUGCUCUUCUAUCAUCGAAAACAGCUACGGUGUAGGAUUCCAGUACAAUUCUAACAAGGCAAGAACAUUCCUUGCUGGAGCGCCAGAAUUUCGUGCGGAUGCUGUUGAAGUUUGGGGAUUCUUCUCUGGCCAGUCCCUUUAA